CCCAUCAGGAACCAAGGAACGAUGGCUGCGGACAGUGCCUUGCUGGUGUCUCUGGUUGAAGAAUUUGUUACUGGACUGCAAGACAGCAAGGCCAAUGACACAGCUACUGGCGUUCAAGCUAAGAAGUUUACAAUACUGCAGUUAGUGGAAGCACUUGGCCCGAGUUUAACAAGCAACACUCCUCACACAAGAGCCAGAGGGGUUCAGCUGCUGUCCCUGGUCAUUCAGCAGUGCUAUGGAGACCUUUCAGAGAGUGAAGUGGAAGUGCUCAUUGCUUUCUAUGAAAACAGACUGAAGGACCACUAUGUUAUUAUACCCUUUGUCUUACAAGGGCUGAAGGCUUUGACCAAAAGCUCACUGUUGCCCGCUGGUUCUGCAGUGUCCAUGCUACGGUCUCUGUUCCAGGAUACUCAUGUCCAAUCCCUGAUGCUGGCAGAGCGAGCCACUGUGUACAACAUGCUCCUAAACCUCAUGGAGUCCAGAGAAGCAGAACUCAAAGGUUUGGGGGCAGACUUUGUGUUCGGUUUCGUCCAAUCAAUGGAUGGCGAGAGAGACCCCAGGAAUCUUGUAUUGGCCUUUCAGAUCGCCAACAACAUCAUCCAUAGAGGCUACGAUUUGGGUAAAUUCGCAGAGGAGCUCUUUGAGGUGACGUCCUGCUAUUUCCCUGUCGACUUCAGCCCUCCGCCUAAUGACCCCCAUGGCAUCACUCAGGAAACGCUGAUCCUUUCUCUGAGGGCUGUGCUCGCUGGAACUCCCCGCUUUGCUGAGUUCCUCCUGCCCCUCAUCAUCGAGAAGCUGGACUCAGAUAUUCAGAGUGCUAAGAUUGAUUCGCUUCAGACCCUCACCGCGUGCUUGUCUACAUACGAACACAAGGACCUUGCAGAAUUCCUCUCUGGGCUUUGGACCUCCAUACGCAGAGAGGUCUUCCAAACGGCGAGUGAGCGCGUGGAAGGUGCUGGCUUGGCCGCCCUCACGGCUCUGACCUCCUGUCUUUCUCGCGCCAUCCUCAGCUCCGACUCUGAAGACUCCCUCAACGCCUUCCUGGACGUGGUCCUCAAAGACUGCCAGCAUCACCUCUGUGAGCCAGACCUGAAGCUGGUGUGGCCCAGUGCCAAGCUCCUUCAGGCUGCCUGUAGCGCCUCCUACAGGGCAAGUCAUAUAGUGGCAGCCGUCGUCAUACCUGGUCUCGUGGAGCAGUACAACAGCAGGACUCAGUGUGCCCACAGGCGUACUAUCCUAGAGGUGUUGCAGGGAUUCAUCCACACGGUGAAAAACACCAGCCAGUCAGAAGACGACGGUCAGAAUGUGCUGUUGGCCCAACGGGACUCUCUGUGUGCUGUGGUGUUUUCUGCGCUGGCGGAGAACAACUCUGACCUCCAGGUCACGUCCAUGCGGGUCCUCUCUGCUCUGGGACAGCAGAACGGUCUGCUGUUGGAGAGUGACGUGGAGCGGGCGGUGGAUCAUCUGAACAGGCUCAUCCUGGAGGAGGACGACAGCAAAGUCAGUGUCUCCGUCAUCGUAUGUGCCGAAUCUCUGUCCCGACUGCACCCAACAGUAUUUAUCACCAAAAUGGUCCCAACACUCAAACAGGAGAUCUUCUCUGAGCCCAUGGUCCAAGGCGACGGUUGCACGCCAUCAAAUGAGAGCUCCCAGCAUGCAGUGCGUCAGCGGUGUGUGUCCGCCCUGGCGGCCGUCUCCACCCAACCAAGCGUUGUCCGGGAAAGUGCGCCUGUCCUCCUUGAGGUCCUCAAGUCAGCACACACAGGCAGUGGGGGCUUCUCUGUGGACGAGGUGGUGGCCGUGUGCUUCAGCCUCCAGAGGAUAGCCGACCAGGCGCUAGACUCUGAGGAGACUGGGCGCUUCUUUCAUGACAUCAUCAUCCCGCGACUGCUGACUCUGGCUCUACAGGCAGCGCUUCAAGGUGAGGGGUCUCCUGGGAAUCGUAGUCCCCUGGUGGAGGAGGCGGUCCUGUCUGCCAUGGUGGGAGUCAUCAGCAGCGCCUGUGCUAAACUACAACCUGAGCUGGCCGGGAAAUUGGCUUCCAGGGCGGUAUCUCUAUUCCUGGAAGAUGAUGUCUCCUUCCUGCCUGACAACUCCCUCCCUCCACACAUCCAGCUGCUUAAGCAGGGGGGGUCCUGGAGUCGCUCCCAGACGGUGUGUCUGCUCAUGGCCUGCGUGUGUUCCCUGCCUCGCAGCGUGGAGGUGCCCCAGGUGGAGCGACUGAUGGAGCAGCUGGAGGAGCUGAGCAUCACCUCUGGCCACGUCCCGUCCUACACCUCCGCCGCCAAGUGCUACGCCGGCCUGGUCAACAAGAGGCCCGCGGGGGAUUCUCUUAAUGCCUUGAUCCAGCGCAGCACCAAGAGAGUGUCCAGUGAGUUGGACUCCCCGGCUUCUCCUCACCGCACCCAGGCCUUCACCCUGCUGCUCUGGCUGGCCAAGGGCCUGCUGCUCAGAUACCACCCUCUCUCUACGGCACUGACGGACAAGCUCUUCGCCCUGCUGGGGGACCCGGAGCUGGGGCCCAUGGUGGGCGACGGCUUCUCCCUGCUCAUGAGCGACUCGGCCGACGUCCUGAACCGCGGUUGCCACGCCGACGUGCGCAUCAUGUACCGCCAGCGCUUCUUCACCGAGAACUCGGCCAAGCUGUUGCAGGGGUUCGACUCCGCCGCGCCAGACACAAAGUCAUCCUACUUGAAAGCCCUGUGUCACCUGGUCAGCAGCCUGCCCAAAGAGGUUCAGCUCACCGAGUUACCAGCGCUCCUCUCCCUGCUGCUGGAGGCGUUGUCGUGUCCGGACCAGGUGGUCCAGCUGUCCACCCUGUCCUGCCUGGUGCCCGUCCUCACUGAGCCUCCCCCCGCCCUCAUCCAGCAGCUGGAGGCCCUGGUCAGCCGGCUGCUGGCCCUCACCUGCAGCCCCACCAUGACUGUAAGGAUAGAGUCAUUGCGGUGUCUCCAUGCCAUGUCGCGCUUCCCUGAGCACGAGGUGAUCCCGCUGCGGGCCCGAGUUCUGCGGGCACUGGCCAAGCCUCUGGACGACAGAAAGAGGCUGGUGAGGAGCGUGGCUGUGCAGGCUCGAGCAGAUUGGUUCCUCUUGGGAAGCCCAGGUGGGAGGUGAUCUUCAUGGUGAAAGGAAGUGGCGAGAGAACUUCACGAUAAGAGUCCCAGAAACAAGACUGAAUUCCAUUCACCAAGGCCUUCAACUGGGAGAACACACCCAAAAGUGAUUUUCACUCCAAACGUUUUCAAAUCUAUAAAUCUAUCUCCGUAGGUUGUUAACUCCUUCUUUACUAUUAUUAUUUGCCGUUAUUUAUCACGCACAAUUGAGAAGAUUGUGGCAAUGUUCACGUUGUCAUGAUGCUCAAAAUCGGAGGGAGAUUUAAAUGAAGAUUAUGAAAUGUAUUUGGCAGACAUAGAUUGAGUCCAUCCCAAGUAGCCGUUAUUACUUGGUUUACAAUCGUUAUGUGCCAUUAUGUAAGGGGAGCAGAGCAGCAAGAUAAACUGAAUGACAUGCUGCUCCAGAAAUAUGCCCCUUUGCUCAUGGGUAAAAACAUAAGACUGAUCAAUGAAUGGAUACAAAAUAGAACGUAAAGUAGUAGUAAAUUAAAUAUGAAAUAGUACAUUUGAACAUGCGAUUUAGAUCCACACAUGGCAGAGUUUAAAGGUUCUGGUUUGAAGAGAAACCGCACACACUGGGCAUGUAUGUGUAGGUCGAAUAACAGCCAAGCAUGAAUAACUUGAACGUCUCAAAGGAGCACUUGAGGCAAUGGCACAAAACAAGGCUCUUUAAUAUAACACGCAUAUUCUAUCCCGCCAGACCCUCUGUGGUCUCAGUACACACGUCUUAAAAACCGUUAAUGAUUCAUAUCAUAAAUGCCAAACGGUGAGCACUUCAGUCAAUCAAUUUGAUUACAAAAACAUCUUUAAUGUUUUUUUUUUUUUUCAAGCCAGCUGCAGUGCGUAUAUGUAAACCAAGUAUUAACAUUGAACAGAUGCAAACAGGAAGUAGGAUUCACCAGUGUUUGAAGAGAUGAGGGUGAGGCGGCUCAAUACGAUUGCAUUUCAAUAAGGUCAGCUAACUGUGUACCUCACACUGAAUAACGCCAUGGAUGUAUGGAUGAUAUUUAAAAUGUUUGAUUAACAUGUUAUUAAACUUUUUUUUUGUUAUUGGUAUAAAAUGUUUUUCAUUAUAAUUAAAGCUUAAAUACACUUUAA